GAAUCAAUUCCUACCAAUAAGCUAUCAGACAAUAUGACAACCAUUGAUUUAUCAAACAACAAGCUCAAUGGAACAAUUCCAUCCUACUUUUCUGGUCUUCCACGUCUUCAGAAAUUGUCAAUUGCCAACAAUGCAAUCAGUGGUACUGUUCCUUCUACCAUUUGGCAGAACAGGACUUUAAAUGCAACAGAGCAACUUAUCUUGAACAUGCAAAAUAAUCAACUUACAAGCAUAUCAGGCACUACAAAUCUUCCUCCAAAUGUCACACUUAUGCUUCAGGGAAAUCGUGUAUGUUUGAAUAACAACUCCCUAGUUCAGCUUUGUGGAGGUGAAAGUGACAAUAACAUGGAUGGAGGCUCCAGUGUUCUGUGUCCAAGUCAAGGAUGUCCCCCUCCUUAUGAAUACACUGUGGAGUGUAUCUGUGCUGCCCCAUUGAUUGUUCAUUAUCGGUUGAAAAGUCCAGGUUUUUCAGAUUUCCGUGAAUAUGUGACAGAAUUUGAGAGCUUCCUGACAAAUGGUCUUAGUGUGCAUACUAAUCAGCUGUUCAUUGAGCGUUUUACGUGGGAAGAAGGGCGAUUGAGAAUGAACCUGAAGCUUUUCCCAGAAUAUAUUGACAAUACAAGUUCUCGUCAGUUCAGUAAAAAUGAGGUUGUUCGGAUUAGAGACAUGUUCAGAGAAUGGGAUAUUAGUGACAGUGACCUGUUUGGUCCUUAUGAACUCUUGGACUUCGUUCUACUGGAUAUUUAUAGCGAAGCGAUUACUCCGUCUUCAAGUUCAGGGAUAAGCAAAGGUGCACUGGCUGGAAUAAUCUUAGGUGCAAUUGCCUGUGCAGUUACAUUAUCGGCAAUUGUUUCCAUUCUUAUUUUGAGAGUACGCAUGAGAGAUUAUCAUGCACUUUCCAAAAGGCGUAACGCAUCUAGGAUCUCGAUAAGAGUUGAAGGUGUAAGAUCAUUUGAUUACAAAGAAAUGGCCUUGGCCACAAACAAUUUUAGCCAGUCUGCUCAGAUAGGAGAAGGGGGCUAUGGGAAGGUUUAUAAAGGUCGUCUUCCUGAUGGCACUGUUGUAGCCAUAAAACGUGCACAGGAGGGUUCACUGCAAGGUGAGAGGGAGUUCUUUACAGAAAUAGAAUUGCUGUCAAGGUUACACCAUCGCAACCUUGUGUCUCUCAUUGGAUACUGUGAUGAAGAGGGUGAACAGAUGUUGGUUUAUGAAUAUAUGCCAAAUGGAACCCUAAGGGAUCAUCUUUCUGCUCAUUCAAAAGAUGCUCUUAGUUUUUCUCUGAGGUUAAAGAUUGGUCUGGGAUCAGCAAAAGGUCUUCUAUAUCUGCACACAGAAGCUAAUCCUCCGAUAUUCCACCGAGACGUGAAAGCCAGCAAUAUAUUACUGGACACAAGGUACACAGCAAAAGUUGCUGAUUUUGGUCUUUCACGGCUUGCUCCAGUUCCAGAUAUUGAAGGAAAUGUACCUGCUCAUGUAUCCACAGUAGUAAAGGGCACCCCGGGUUAUCUUGAUCCAGAGUACUUCUUAACUCGUAAUUUGACCGACAAAAGUGAUGUUUAUAGUUUGGGUGUUGUAUUUCUGGAACUUUUGACUGCGAGGCCACCAAUCUUUCACGGUGAAAAUAUUAUUAGACAGGUUAAUAUGACAUACCAAUCAGGUGGAAUAUCUCGAGUAGUUGAUAAACGUAUCGAGUCUUAUCCAUCUGAGUAUGCAGAGAGAUUUUUGACUUUAGCCUUAAAGUGUUGCAAAGAUUCACCAGAUGAGAGACCUAAAAUGGCAGAAGUGGCUAGAGAGCUUGAAUACAUCUAUUCUAUGUUACCCGAUUCAGAUACCAAGGGAGUUGAAUAUGUUACAAGUGAUUCUUCUGGCACAAUAUUCAGUUCACAACCUUCAUCAUCUAUUAUAAAGACUCCUUUUAUUUCCGGAGAUGUGUCAGGUAGUGACCUUGUCAGUGGAACCAUACCAACCAUCAAGCCAAGAUAGAAGUUCAAAAAAUAUAGUUGAUUGAAUCUGAGAAUGUUAAUUAGUACCUUGUGAACUGGACUAUGAAACCAAAUUUACUAACUUUCAUUUAUUCUUUUUGUGCUGCUUGUUGUAUCAUAAAUUGACACAGGAUUGGUUUGUAAGUUAUAAAUAAUGUAUUUUAUAACAGUGACGGAGAUUGGUUUAUGAUGCUGAA